AUGUCGACGGACAUGCAAGAAGUCGUUUUCAACCUGACGGAAAAGGCCUUGCAAUCUUACAAGAAAAAUGCAGAAUUAUCAGCAUACCUUAAAAAAGAGAUGGAUAAGCAGUAUGGAACUACUUGGCAUUGCAUAGUGGGAAAGAAUUUUGGGUCAUUUGUCUCUCACGAAGCAGGAAACUUCAUUUAUUUUUACAUUGGAGAUAGAGCUUUUCAGUUGUUUAAGACGAGCUAA